CGGCCAUGGAGCCCUCGCCCAAAGACGGCGAGAGCGCGGCGGCCGCGGAGCCCAGCCGGGGCGGCACGGCCCCUUCCAGCGGCGUGGUGGUGCAGGUCCGGGAGAAGAAGGGCCCCCUGCGCGCCGCCAUCCCCUACAUGCCCUUCCCCGUGGCCGUCAUCUGCCUCUUCCUCAACACCUUCGUGCCGGGGCUGGGAACGUUCGUGUCGGCGUUCACCGUGCUGUGCGGGGCGCGCACCGACCUCCCCGACCGGCACAUGUGCUGCGUCUUCUGGCUGAACAUCGCCGCCGCCCUCAUCCAGAUCCUCACCGCCAUCGUCAUGGUGGGCUGGAUCAUGAGCAUCUUCUGGGGCAUGGACAUGGUCAUUCUGGCAAUCUCACAAGGCUACAAGGAACAGGGGAUCCCACAGCAGCUGUAGUGGCUGGGACAAGUAUGGUCAGAGGAACACGGCGAGAGAUUUCCUUUGGCAGCCGUGGGCCACGGACCUUUUCAUUACCCUUUGUCUCUCUUCUUGUCCCUUUUGUUUUGUCUCCUUGUGUCUGCCCGGUUCACUGCCCGUCCAGCGGAGCGGAGAUGCAGAGCAGCCGGCGCAGACUUGCACUGAUGCCCCUGAGCAGUGGAGAUGAGGCAAGCACGGCUUGGCUUAGGACUGGUCCCGGCCAGCACACGAGGAGGACGAAGGUGCCAGGACAAGGAAACACCCCUGGCAAAGGUGGCACCUGGGCAGGCAGCUGAACCAAGGGAGGGGGAGAUGCUGCUUUCCCUCUGCUCCCAGGGGGAGGUCGCUGAAGAUGUUUUGCCUCCUUUUUACGCUCGCUGUUAAAGGACGCCGGCUGUGAACAUCAGAAUGCCAAGGAGCUAUUCAUAGAUAUAUGUACAUGAUGUAAAAGCAAACCAGUGGUACUUUCCUCCUGCCCUGAGAUUCCAUCCGUGACUGCUUUGCAGUAGUGGAGGGUCCAGCCCAGCCCCCUCUGCUGUCUGUGUAUAUAUGAUGUUCACUGAAGCUCUGUCCCCACAGAUGUCCUGAGAAACGUGCUUGCUGUAAAUCGUAUUGUACUGCUGAAAUGACUCGGGCCAUCCCCUGCUUCCAUCCACUGCCACCAUGCAAAGACCAGAGCUCCCACUGGCCCAGGGGACACUUUUCCUAGCACAGGACUGGAGAGCCCUCGGGCAGCAG